AUGAGGCUGUUUCUCAUCCGCCACGCCGAAUCCGAGCACAAUGUUGCCCAGGUCUAUGCAGGAACAACGGACUCGGCGUUGACAAACCAUGGCAUGGUACAAAUUCAGCGCUUAGCCCUGCAUUUUAAGGAGCAAGGCAUCGAGUUUACCACAGUAUUCUCGUCAGAUUUGCUACGGGCUCGCAUCACUGCUGAAGGGAUCUGUAGCCUUGUUGGGGGAGAACAGCAGAGUAGGGUUGGCACACAAACAUCACCUGUCAUCUUACCUCUUCUGAGGGAGAAAGACUUUGGUUGCCUGGAAGGAAAAUCAUGGCUUGCUACGCGGGGCGGGGAUGGGAAAUCUGGUGCUGAGACGAUGGCUGGAGACCCUGAAUCUCAGGCCUCUAUCGCUUCUCGGGUGGAUAUGUUCCUCACCAACCAUCUGUUGCCAGUCGUUUCCGAUAUGGGUCAUACUGCACAGUCUGUUGCGGUGGUUUCCCAUGGUGUCUUGCUCUCUGCACUCUGGGAAGCUUUGUCUCGACUGUUUCUUUCAACACACGUCAUCCUGGGCCCCAAUGUUGAGGUUGGAAGACGCAUUUCGUCGUGGUCCAACACUGGCUACCUAGAACUUGCUGUCGGAAGGUUGGUUGAAGAUAAAUCCUCAAAACCAGCUCCGGCAAUGGUCGACGGCCAAGGGAACCGAAAGGAUGCUUCCAACAAAACUCAAGUGGUUGAUAACGCUCCAACGCCGGUACUGUCUGGAUAUGCGAUGACAGUCCUAACAAUAAACGGGAAACAACAUCUCCAUAAUCUCAGGCGCACUCCUGGCGUGGGAAGGUCCAAACAUGAUGCCUCGCAAAAACGCAUCGAUAGUUUCUUUCAGAGGCCGAAGAAUUAG